AUGGCAGCCGUGCCAAUGGACUUGGAAGUGGACCUAGGGCCGAUGCCGAGCAACGAGUGCCGCGAGGAUCUGCUGCAGGGCCUCCGCGAGCUUUUGACAAGCCGGGAGCUGUGCGACGUUGCGCUGGUCGCGGAAGGUGGGCAGGCUUUCCCAGCUCACCGCACCGUGCUGGCUGCGUGUAGCCCUGCCUUGCGGGCACGAAUCUCCAAGCUCGACUCGGCAUCUCUUCAGGCAGAUGGGCUGCCGGUCAUAUCCUUGGAUGUGAAGCAUUCUGAGGCUGUGAAAGCCCUUGUGGACUCCGUCUAUGGAAUCGGUGCUGCCGAGUCUGACAGGCCGUACAAUCCAAGCUCGGAGGCCACCAACAUGGAUGUGCUGAAGUUGGCUCGUGAGUUUGACCUUCCGGCAUUGGAGGACCAGGCUGCUCGCUGGUUGGCCAAGAACCUAACGACGGCAAAUCUGCUGGACCGUCUAGCGGCCUGCGAGGAGUUUGGUCUGCAAGAUGUCAAGGAAAAGAUCCUUGAGCAGCUGACUGCGAACACCGAUGUAUUAUACGAGAUGGUUAGCAACCCCUCUGUUCGAUCCGUGCCUGGCGUACUGCAAGACCUCCUACUGCGAGUUCUUCAGCUUCUCGGCUGUGGCCCUCCCCAGCCGCGGAUCGGUGGCACUGCGACGAAGGAUCAGCCGCUGAAGAAGGCAGAUGCCUGA